GCUGAUUUGUUCACUUCAAGUCAGUUUAUUGUCUUUCCAGUUAAAGUUCUGCAGUUCCGUACACAGGUACAAAAGGUGAGAUUAAUUUGGGAGUGUUUUGGUGAUCGAGAUGGCGACGUACUUUCAUGGAAGCUCAGAAUUCCAAGCUGCUGAUGGGAUGCAAACACUCUAUCUCAUGAACCCCAACUCCGUUCCCUACUCUGAUACACACCAAGCAGCCGCCGCCACUAAUAUGUACUUCUUAAACCCCACAUGCUUGCCCCAUUCGCCACCGCCUAACAACUAUCACCGCUUCCUCGGUCUUCCUCUCCAAACACAGCCAUCGGCUUCCGUCAGACAGGUCGAUGCCGAUGAUCCCCACCGUCCAUCGCCUCUUCAUGGUUUAGUCCCCGGUUUUCACUCUAACUUAUGGGGCACUUCAAGUACUCUUGAUCAUCAGAAUUCUCCGGGAAGUAGCCAUCCUCAGGUUGUGUCGGCAGCAGCAGAUAACUCGGGUGGGUCCCACGAUGCACAGACGGGGUUUCUUCGGCCGGUGGUGUCGCCGAGGCAAGGCUUGUCCCUGAGUCUGUCAUCCCAACAAGCAGCUUAUAGGUCAGGCAACAAUAACGUUGAGACAGACAUACAAGGGCAACAACAACAACCUCAAGUUCCAACGAUGUCACUGGCCGAUGACGUGAGGAUAUCGGGGAACUCGUCGUCGUCGGUUUCCGUCGUUUCGAAUGGGAUUUCCGGUGCUCAGAGUGUGGUCUUUGGAUCAAAGUACUUGAGAGCAGCACAGGAGCUUCUCGAUGAAGUGGUUAAUGUGAGAAAAGGGAUAAAGACUGACGUGUUUGAGGGGACCAAAGAGAAGAUAAAAGUGAACAAAGAAUCGGUGGUCGCUGGUGAAAAUGGAACUAAACGUGGAGCUGAGCUCACCACAGCACAGAGACAGGACCUGCAGAUGAAGAAAGCAAAACUAAUCACCAUGCUUGAUGAGGUGGAGCAAAGGUACAGACAGUACCGCCAUCAAAUGCAAAUCGUGGUAUCUUCGUUCGAGCAGGCGGAGGGAUUCGGUGCAGCGAAAUCCUACACCGCCCUUGCUUUGAAGACGAUUUCGAAGCAAUUUCGGUGUCUCAAAGACGCAAUAUCGGGACAAAUCAAAGCCACGAGCAAGAGUUUGGGAGAAGAGGAUUGGUUGGGUGCAAAUGUGGUGGAGGGUUCGAGACUACUAUACGUGGAUCAUCAGCUCCGACAACAGCGAGCGUUGCAGCAGCUGGGAAUGGUCCAACACAAUGCUUGGAGACCCCAAAGAGGAUUGCCGGAGCGAGCUGUUUCCGUUCUUCGUGCUUGGCUUUUCGAGCAUUUCCUUCACCCAUAUCCUAAAGAUUCUGACAAACAUAUGCUUGCCAAACAAACAGGGCUUACAAGAAGCCAGGUGUCAAACUGGUUCAUAAAUGCUCGAGUUCGGCUAUGGAAGCCAAUGGUAGAAGAAAUGUACAUGGAGGAAGUCAAGGAGCAAGAAAAGAACGCAAACGAGACGGAGCAAAAGGAGUCAGGGUGUAGCUCCAAUGCCCAGCAAGAGAGUGUCUCAUUUAUGAUCGAUCAAGUCAAAACACAAUCCCAGACUGAUCAGUUUUCCAACUCCACCAUCUCCACAUCUCCCAUGGGAGCCUCCUUUCUGCCACGACCAGCCUUCAAUCUCAUCGGAUCGACCGACCUCGAUGGUGCAGCUCAAAGAAGCCCGAAAAAGCCAAGGGGUACUGUUAAUGAGUUGCAGAGUUCCCCUAGUAGUAUCCUUUCCAUGGACAUGGAGAUGAAGCAAGGUGAUGGAUUUGCAACGUAUGGUGCGAUGGGAGAUAUGGGGAGGUUCGAUCCGAACCAGAUGACACCGAUGUUUCAUGGAAACAGUGUUUCGCUCACCCUCGGCCUUCCCCAGAACAUUCAGGUAGGAAGAAGGUUAGAAUUAGGGGCAGCCGAAUCUGAUUUCUGCGGGAUCAACAACACCCAACAACCUUCUCAUUCGACCACCUUCGACAUGCAAGACAGGAAAAGAUUUGCUGCGCAAUUGUUGCAGGAUUUUGACAUGAAAGCGAAACCAAGCUUCACAUGACAUUCACUUGCAGUUCUAUCGGCUGAGAUCUACUUCUAUUCUUCAUAACACUUUGGGAAGUUAAACCAUGACUCUGAGUGAAUGAGCAUGCACAGAAAAAAGCCCAAGAACAGGAAAAUAUAUAAUCUUUGUUUCUAUUUAUAUAUCAUGUUUGCUCGUAAAGGAAAGAUGAAUGGUUUAUAUAUAGUUGGUAUACAUUCUUACGCAGUUUAGGCUUGAACUAGUAAAGUUUGAGCAUUAUAUAUCAUAAUGAUACAAUUGAAGACUUUUGAAA